CUUAGCGUUCCGGCCCCGGGUUCAAUUUUCUUUGAAACGCUUGCUCUUCUACGCUGUCAAAUAUCCUCCUAGUUCCAUUAAACACAUCUUCUGUUUUGAUCCUUCAAUCCAAACAAAACCACUCCAGAUUCCUUUUUCUUUCUUUCUCCCAGUGGAUUUACUAGCCACAAUUGUAAUGGCAUCCAAAACGGUUGCGAAAGACAUCAUCACUCUCCGCGGUUCUUCGGCAAUUGUGAGCGAGUUCUUUGGUUAUGCAGCGAACAGUAUACUGUACAAUCGAGGGGUUUAUCCAGAAGAGAGCUUUGUGAAGGUGAAGAAAUAUGGGCUCCCAAUGUUGCUUACUCAAGAUGAAGGUGUUAAAUCCUUCAUCGCCAACUUAACUGCUCAGUUAUCAGAAUGGCUGGAAGCUGGGAAGUUACAGAGAGUUGUUCUUGUGAUAAUGAGCAAGGCUACCAGUGAGGUCCUAGAGAGGUGGAAUUUUAGCAUUGAGACUGAUAGUGAGGUGGUAGAAAAGGGGGUUUCAAGGGAAAAGAGUGAUAAAGAGAUAAUGAGAGAGAUACAAGCAAUCAUGCGUCAGAUAGCUUCAAGUAUUACUUACUUGCCAUGCCUGGAUGAAGCUUGUGUUUUUGAUGUGUUAGCAUACACAGAUAAAGAUGUUGCAGUACCUUUCACUUGGAUUGAGAGUGAUCCAAAAUUGAUAUCCAAUCCACAAAUGGUGAAAUUGCAUUCUUUUGAUACUAAGAUACACAAGGUUGACACUCUGGUUUCAUACAAGAACGAUGAAUGGGACGAGGAGUAGAGAAAGCUUACCUUUCAUCUUGGAUCUUCAUGUACUGUGAAUCUUUUAUUCACAUGAUGUAUUAUGAAUUCAUGAAGAGGAUUUCAAACUAUGUUCUGAAGCUUUUACAAGUUUUCCUCACUUUUGUCACUUUGUGUUCUUAAACUGAUAUCUUUUUUUUCCCCUAACAAAAAAAAAAAAAGAAAAAAAAAAAAGAAAAUGCAGCAA